AUGAGCCAGAAAGCCACCGAUCCGAAUCAGCCAAUCCGAUCGCCGUAUCAUGGAGGCAACGGCAGCAACGGCUCCAGGCCACCACCCAGGUUUCAUAACACCCUGACAGUCAGCGCAUCUUUCCAAGAAGCUGCUUUCCACGAAGCUGCUUUCCAGGCAGCUGCUUUCCAGGAGGCUGCCGCUUUCCGUGCAGCUGCUUUCCAGGAAGCUGCUGCGUUCCGGGCAGCUGCGUUCCAGGGAACUUCUUUCCAAGCAGCACCUCCCCCAGUAAUGCCGCCCCAAGCAGUGCCGCCCCAAGCAGCCUCUCUCCGGGCAACGCCUCCUCUAGCAGUGGCUUCUUCUAGCUUCCGGCCUUCCAUGGCGGCGGUAUCGCCACGUGGCAGUGCGUGGAACAGCUCGUCGAUCCCACCCGAGCAGUUCAUCCGUUGGAGCAACCAGGAGGAUCGCAUAUUGCUGCAGCACGUGAUGCGCCAUGGCACGCGCAACUGGGGGCUGCUGCAGCGGAGCCGCGAGCUGCCUCUCCGGGACAACAAGGCCUGCUGCAACCGCUUCAUCCUCCUUAAGAAGCGGUUUUUGGAGCAGCAGCGCCUGCAGACCGCCACCACCGACACCGCCAACACUACCACCACCACCACCAGUGCAGCGCCCGCCACGGAAUCUGCAGACCCACGUAACGAUGCAAGGGCUUCUGCAGGGGCGAAACGAGGCUCCGCCACCGCUGCUUCCUCCUCUGCACCGAAGCGAAGCCCUUCCUCUGCGUCUCUUGCUGCUGCCGAGGCCUCUGCUGCUGCUGCUGCUACUUCUGCUGCUGAGGCCGACAACGUAGCUACCCUCUCAGAUAGAGUGCAGAGUCUACAGAAGAAAGAGGAGAAACAGGAGAAGGAAGAGGAGGAGGAGGAGAAACCGGACCUGCAGGUUCGGUCUGCUACCUCCCCGAAUCAGAAACCGGACCUGGUUCCUUCCUCCCACCUCUCUGCUUCGGCGCCUCCCAGCCCUGCUGUCGGACCUGUUGUACCUGCUGCUUCCGAGCCUGUUCUUCCCAGGUCUGAUGCUUCCGAGCCUGCCUCUCCAAUCCUGCCCCGGGCGUAUUCUGUUGGAGGUGCCUCGUCAGUCUUGGUCUCGGGUGCGCUGCAUAGUACUUGGAACGAGCUUGGAGCAUGUGAGGAGGAGCGAGGAGGAGAAGGAACAGAUAAUGGUGCUAUCGAAUGUGAUAAUAAGGCGUCCGGUGUGGGUAAGGAGGAUGGGACGGGAGGUGGUGUCACUAGUGUGACUAAAGCGAAUGGAGAGGGAAGUGAUGGUGGAGUGACAGAACGGAAUGAGGAGGAUGGAGGCAGUGGUGGGGUGACUAAAACGAAUGGUGAGAGCGGUAGUGGUGGAGGUGUGACUAUAGGCGAUAUGUUUAAGACUUUGCUGCAUGCGAAUGCACAGCAUGUGGCUGCUGCCAUUCUGGAUUGGAAGGAUCGGGUGUGUGGUUCGGAUGACAGGCAUGUGCCGAACCUGGCUGCUGCAGUGAAGCUGAGGAAUGUGGGGCCACGUCACACGGCAGCAGCAGGGGCAGCAGCAGGGGCACCAGGGUCCCUCUCUAGAGCCUCACCCCUCUGUCACCCCUGCCGUCACCACCCCUCCUGCCCCCACCUCCUCAUCCAUCCUCCCUCCUUCACUCCUCCCACCUUCUCUCUUCCCACCCUCUCUCCACUUCCAUGGCCCUCGCUCCCCAUCGGCCCUCUCACACUCCCGAUCGCAUGCCACCCCUGGCAGCAGACCCGCGGCCCUUUCUACCCUCUCUCCCGCCCCUCCUCCUCCUUCCGCGCCCCACCUCCUCUCCUCCCCUCCCUCCCCCUCACCUCCUCUCAUCCCUCAUCCGAUCACACUCCGCAAAGUCAAAAUCUGCAUAAUCGCACUCCGUAUAGUCAUGGUUUGUUCAGUCACUUUCCUCCUAUUUGCUCUCCUAAACCCAGCUCGCCCGCCAUUGGCUCGCCAGCUGUUGGCUCCUGCGGGCCACCUCCCAUCUCCUCACCCUCCGCCGCUGCUGCCACGUCAGCAUGUCAAUCCGCCGCUGCCACGUCAGCGUCUCAAUCCGCUGCUGCCACGUCAGCACCCGUAUCCACAGCGGCUGCUGCUGCAAGGGAUAUGCAAGAAGCUGACGAGUUGUGCGUUGGGGAGGAGGGCGGAGAGAGGGGUGCGAGACGGGAAGAGCAGGUGGAGGGUGGAGAGAAGGGCACAGCAGACAGGGAUGUGAGUGUGGGGCAGCCACAGGAGCAGGGAGGGGGUGAGGUAGGGAAGCAUGGGCACGCCAGGGAUGGCGGGAGGGGACAAGCCAGGGGUCCACACGAAGGGGUGAUGGUGGGAGUGGUGGGGGAAAUGAUGGGGGGUAAUCACACCUCCCCCCUUCCGCCGUCUUCUUUGCUCGGUGUGUCAGAGGAUGACGUCAUUAGCCUGCUGGUUGCUGACUGGGCGGCGGAAGACGCUGACCUGGCAAUGCAUGCUGAGCUGGCACCAGCUGACGUGGCACCACCAUUACCACUGCCACCAGCCAGUCACGGUGGAGUGAGGGGGAUGGAACCACAGGAGAGUGGCAGGAUGGCACAAAGUGGUAUGUUGGACAGUAAUAGACCUGCCACCACCACCACCACUUCGACUGAUCCUGCCCCUCCUGCUUCUCUCAGCAUCUUACCUGCUACUGACCUGACUCCUCUCCCAGGUGGGCAGAACCUCACUGCACCGCACACCAUCGCUCAUAAUGCUCCGUAUGAGUGGUCCGCAUAUAUCCGGCCUGCUCCGUCUGCUGCGGGGCAUGUGUGGCUGCCACGUGUACAUUCCACUGGACCUGAAACUGCCACGUCAGGUUGUGAUGCUGCCACAUCACACCAUGGCAUGAUGACAGGUUACCACCAACAUGCCACGUCACACCUUGGGAGGGAUUCUAGAAACUUCCGUGGUGCAGGAGCAGCAGGGGGCCUGGGGGAGACAGAAGAGCAGAUGACUAACCUGGUAGAGGGAACGAUGCUAUGGGGGAUGACAGGUCAGCUUGCUGACAACAUGCCAGGUCAGCAUCCUGACAUGAUGCCAGCUCAGCUUGCUGACACAGCGCCAGCCCAGCACGUGAAUGAGGCUUAUCGGGAGGGGGCCGGGUAUGGAAUGACGAUGCAGCAGCAAGCAGGGGAAGGGAGUGAGGGCGAGACAGAGAGGGGGAGAGACCAGUGGCCUGACUGGGUACUUAGACACAUGUCCUCAUGA